AUGGUGCUUGACUACAGUAAAUGGGAUGCUCUCGAGCUCUCAGACGACUCUGACAUCGAAGUCCAUCCCAAUGUGGACAAACGGUCCUUCAUCCGGGCAAAGCAGAACCAGAUCCACCAGCAACGACAGCAACGCCGCCAUGAGAUCGCAACUCUGGGGUACGAGAGGAUUAUAAACGAUGGCCUGUUGAAACGGAUUGACGGGCUGUUGACUGCCCUGAAGAAACACGAGAGUGACUCCAGGAAUCCGGACGAGCUCGUUUUCCAGGCCCUGAUCGAGUCUGCUGGUGACCCCAAGGAGGACCAACCACCCGCUCCGCCAGAGAAUGUCCACACGCAGGAGACCCAACCAAAGUACUCUCAGAUGAUGGGAUCGCUGGUGGACCAGGUCAAGAAGGAGCUGGAUGAGUCGAAGCCGGAGAACAGAUACCAGGCAUUUAUCACCGGCGUUGAAGGCCACAGAACCAAGGUACUAGACCUCCAACAGCAACUCCUUGAGAAGCUUGCCCAAUUGGAAAAAGAGGAGAGCAAAAAGAUCACUAGUGAUAGCAUACACACUGGAUUUGACAGCUCCUUUGUCUCAUCGUCCAAGACCAAGUCUGAGCCAAGGAAAACCAAGGAGUCGACAGUCGAGCUCCUCAAUCCAAGCAGUGCAGGCGCAGACAACAUGGAUGCCGUCUCUUCCGGUGCAGAGGCUGAUAUUGAAGACGGUGAAGGAGACGAGGAGGGUAUAACCGUCCGCCCUUUGACAAAGCAAUUUGCAAAGUUUAAGAUUGGAGACUACCGUGAAACAUACUCAUUCAUCACCGAUCACCCUGAGAUACUAACAGAGAAGAGGACGGAUGAGCUUUUGAUGGAGGCUUUUAACGCCCAGAUCUCUGGUGAUGAGACUUAUGCCCGUCAAUGCGUCCAUCACGGCUUACUCUUACAAUACUGUCGCUCUCUAGGCAAAGACGGCGUUUCUCUCUUCUUCAAGCGAAUCACCACCGAAGACCAUCGUGCUGGUGUGAUGUUCCGUGAUGAUGUUAAUGACACUUACAACCGUAUCAAGACUCGUGCAAAGGAACUUGCCAAAUCGUCUGCCGAGGGCCAAUCAGAGAUUGAGCAAAUCCAACUCCAUGCAGUUGACCCUUCUACUAAGCUCAACAUCUCUAUUCCCCCGGCUGACAGCAAAGACGAGGCUCAUAUUGCUGCUCGCGAAAUCUUUAACCGUUUCCCAUCAGAUCUUCAGAAGGCAUUGGAAUCUGAAAGCUUGGAUGAAGUAAACAAAGUGCUGGGAAAGAUGAAAGUGGAGGAGGCAGAAGAUGUUGUUGAGAAGCUAGGAGAAAGCGGCAUUUUGACUGUUGAGCAAGGAAUCGUUGACGCCACUACGGAGGAGGGCAAACAGUGGCUGGAAGAACUUGAGGCAGAGAAAAAAACAAAGGCUCCAGAGGCUGGCAAGGAGGAGGAGAUUGGAGAUCCUGAAUAA